GCCCACCUGCAGGCGGCUGCGGCGAGGCGAGCCUGUGCGAGUGCACUGCGAGGCCGGCCGCAGGGAGGGAGGCGCGAAGAGGGCGCGAGGGUGGCAGCCGGAGGGAGCCGCCGCCCCUGCCAGCCCGGGUCCCCGUGGGGCGCAUGGGGCGCUUCGAGGCGGGAUCGCGCGCGGGCUCCGCGCCCCUCUUCCUGCUGCGGUGAGAAGCCGCGCCGGGACGCUCCCGAGACCCCGAGCAGCCGGGAGGAUGACCAUGGCCGGGGGCAGGAGGGGGCUGGUGGCCCCGCAGAACACGUUUCUGGAGAAUAUUGUCCGGCGGUCCAAUGAUACUAAUUUUGUGUUGGGAAAUGCCCAGAUAGUGGACUGGCCUAUCGUGUACAGCAAUGAUGGAUUUUGCAAGCUGUCUGGCUAUCACAGGGCGGAAGUGAUGCAAAAAAGCAGUACCUGCAGUUUUAUGUAUGGGGAGCUGACUGAUAAAGAUACAAUUGAAAAGGUGCGGCAAACAUUUGAGAACUAUGAGAUGAAUUCCUUUGAAAUUUUGAUGUAUAAGAAGAACAGCUGGGGGAAGUUUGCUCGGCUGACCAGAGCACUGACAAGCAGCAGGGGUGUCCUGCAGCAGCUGGCUCCCAGCGUGCAAAAAGGCGAGAAUGUCCACAAGCACUCGCGCCUGGCCGAGGUCCUGCAGCUGGGCUCAGACAUUCUUCCCCAAUACAAGCAAGAGGCACCAAAGACUCCCCCUCACAUCAUCUUACAUUACUGUGUUUUUAAGACCACGUGGGAUUGGAUCAUCUUGAUUUUAACCUUCUACACAGCCAUCUUGGUCCCUUACAAUGUCUCCUUUAAAACCAGGCAGAACAACGUGGCCUGGCUGGUGGUGGAUAGCAUUGUGGAUGUCAUCUUUUUGGUGGACAUUGUGCUGAAUUUUCAUACCACUUUUGUUGGACCAGCUGGGGAGGUGAUUUCUGACCCCAAACUCAUCCGCAUGAACUACCUGAAGACGUGGUUUGUGAUUGACCUUCUGUCCUGUUUGCCAUAUGAUGUCAUCAACGCUUUUGAGAACGUGGAUGAGGUUAGUGCCUUUAUAGGUGAUCCAGGGAAGAUCGGUUUUGCUGAUCAGAUUCCACCACCCCUGGAGGGGAGAGAGAGUCAGGGCAUCAGCAGCCUGUUCAGCUCUCUGAAAGUCGUCCGGCUGCUGCGCCUGGGGCGCGUGGCCCGUAAGCUGGACCACUACAUCGAAUACGGAGCUGCCGUGCUGGUCCUGCUGGUGUGUGUGUUCGGGCUGGCUGCUCACUGGAUGGCCUGCAUUUGGUACAGCAUCGGGGACUAUGAGAUCUUCGACGAGGAUACCAAGACCAUCCGCAACAACAGCUGGCUGUACCAGCUGGCGAUGGACAUUGGCACCCCUUACCAGUUCAAUGGGUCUGGCUCCGGGAAGUGGGAAGGUGGCCCCAGCAAGAAUUCCGUCUACAUCUCGUCGUUGUAUUUCACCAUGACCAGCCUCACCAGCGUGGGCUUUGGGAACAUCGCCCCCUCCACGGACAUCGAGAAGAUCUUUGCAGUGGCCAUUAUGAUGAUUGGCUGUAAGUACGGCAGUUGCUGGGGUUGGACCGAGGGGGCGUGGCAGGGGUCGAUUUCUUCUAUUAGCUGGAAGUAGAGUCAUGGCUGUGGUGCCACAGGA